AUGGAAAUAAUACUGAAGAGUCCUCCGCUGAAGGUCGUUAAUAUACCGUGGAGAAAUAAUAACCUCAGUAAUCUGCAUACGGAGCCUCCUCUGUCGGAACAAGGGGAAACCAUCAUUGGGGUGUAUCUGUUGGUGCUCGGCUGGAUAUCCUGGUUUGGGAACAGUUUGGUGAUAUUCGUCCUGUACAGACAGAGGAGCUUGCUUCAGCCGACAGACUUCCUCACGCUGAACCUCGCCAUCUCUGAUGCCAGCAUCUCAGUGUUUGGUUACUCCAGAGGGAUUUUGGAGAUAUUCAACAUUUUCAAGGAUGACGGAUACUUGAUCACUUGGAUAUGGACAUGCCAGGUAGACGGUUUCUUCACCUUGCUCUUUGGCCUUGCGAGCAUCAACACCUUGACGGUCGUCAGCGUCACCAGAUACAUCAAGGGCUGCCACCCCAACAGAGCUCACUGCAUCACCAUGAACACCAUCACAGUGUCGCUGGCCUGCGUCUGGAUGGGGGCGCUCUUCUGGUCUACGGCUCCUCUGCUGGGCUGGGGAAGCUACACAGACAGAGGUUACGGGACCUGUGAGGUGGACUGGUCCAAAGCCAACUACUCCACCAUCUACAAGUCGUACAUCAUCUCCAUCUUCAUCUCCUGCUUUUUCAUCCCCGUGAUGAUCAUGUUCUUCUCCUACGUGUCCAUUAUCAACACGGUGAAGAGCGCGAACGCCAUGUCGGCUGAUGGCUACCUCACGGCGCGCCAAAGGAAGAUGGAGAGAGACGUCACCAGGGUGUCCAUCGUCAUCUGCACGGCUUUUGUCAUGGCCUGGUCGCCGUACGCCGUCGUGUCCAUGUGGUCGGCCUGGGGCUUCCAUGUACCGAGCAUAACCAGCAUCGUCACGCGUCUCUUUGCCAAGUCGGCAAGCUUCUACAACCCGCUGAUCUACUUUGGCAUGAGCGCCAAGUUUCGCAAGGACGUCGCCAUGCUGCUGCCGUGCACCCGGGAGAACCGGGAGGCGGUGGUGCGCCUGCAGCACUUUAAAGAUAUCAAGGCCAAGGCCAACGCCGCGCCCCCUGUCGCAUCGCUCCCCGUCCCGAGGCGGGAUGCUAAGUACGUGGCAGCGGAGCUCGUCCAACCCAACCCUGACAGUGACUCUGGGGUCAACAGCCCGCCCCCGACCCCGCCGCCCGACACACCGGGGGUCUUUCACGUCGACGGGCCCUCACACGUCGAAACAUCAGAGUACUGGUGUGACAGACUCUAA